AUGCCGCCAUGCGUACCUCAGUACAUUUCCCUCGAGGUUUCUGUCAUAUGGGGAGGCAGAAACGUCGAUCCCAAAGACCGCACGGACCGUACCGGGCUCUCGACACAGGCUUUUACAGCGCCCGGAACACUAGCUGAAUGCCACAGUGGGUGGUAUUGCGUUUUGACCCUCAGGCAAUUGAGUUCUUUGGCGUCAGUAGAGUUCCGGGUUGGUGCCCGCACAGUCACUAGUAACAUCUAUCUCCCCGAAGACACAAUCGAAUCGACAGUGGAGGCUAUCUCCAGUUCUCCCCAGCCUCAAGCCAACACUCGCUGCCGCGUCGGCUGGUGUGAUGUGAUCGAGACCUGGGACUAUGGAGACUUGGAUGAGAUGAUGUGGAUUUGA